AUGUCUAUCCCAGAGUACGCAAAAGUUCUCAUCAUCGGCGGUGGCCCAGCCGGGUCGUAUGCUGCCUCGGCAUUGGCUCGGGAAGGAAUCGAGGCUGUCGUCCUCGAAGGCGACAAGUUCCCCAGAUACCAUAUCGGAGAGAGCAUGCUCCCAUCCUUGCGCCACUUCUUCAGAUUUGUUGACCUCGACGAGACAUUCGUUCAGCACGGCUUCUACAAGAAGAUCGGUGCCGCAUUUGUGUUGAACAACAAGGACCCAGCUUACACCGACUUCAUCGGUGCCGGUGGCCCGAAUGCUUAUUCCUGGAACGUCAUCCGUUCUGAGUCCGAUGAGCUCAUCUUCCGGCACGCGGGCAAGAGCGGCGCACAAAUCUUCGAUGGCGUCAAGGUCUCGACCAUAGAGUUCACGCCACACGAGGGCCCGACCACUGCCGAUGAAAAGACCGUGGAUCCUGGCCGCCCUGUGUCGGCUACCUGGACGCGUAAGGAGUAUGGCACUACGGGCGUGAUCAAAUUCGACUAUCUCAUCGACGCCAGUGGCCGUCUGGGCAUUAUGAGCACCAAGUACCUCAAGAACCGCCACUUCAACCAGGGUCUCAAGAACGUUGCCAGCUGGGGCUACUGGAAGGGUGCCGGACGGUACGGUGUCGGGACGCCACAGGAGGGUGUUCCGUACUUCGAGGCUCUAUCAGAUGGUAGCGGCUGGUGUUGGUUCAUCCCUCUGCACAACGACACCGUGUCGGUGGGCGUGGUCAUCAACCAGGAGGUCGCUACCCGCAAAAAGAGAGAGAUGGGAUCUCCAGGUGGCAAGGCUUUCUAUCUGGAAAUGCUGAAGGCCGUGCCCAGAAUCCUUGGACCAAUGCUCAAGGACGCCUCGCUCGUUACUGACGAGAUCAAGUCCGCUUCCGACUGGUCCUAUAGCGCCUCGUCUUAUGCAAGCUACAACACCCGCAUCGUCGGUGACGCCGGUUGCUUCAUCGACCCUUUCUUCUCAUCGGGUGUUCAUCUGGCUGUUGCUAGCGGACUUUCGGCUGCCGCAACUAUCUGCGCCUCGAUCAAGGGCCAGUGUACCGAGCACGAAGCUCUCGAGUGGCACUCGAAGAAGGUUUCUGAGGGCUACACCCGCUUCCUGCUCAUUGUCCUGAGCGCACUCAAGCAGAUCAGAGAGCACGACGAACCUGUACUCAGCGACUGGGAUGAGCAAGGUUUCGAGCGUGCAUUCGCCCACUUCCGACCUAUCAUUCAAGGAACAGCCGACACCCAUGGCAAGCUUACUCAAGAAGAGGUUACCAAGACAGUUGACUUUUGCUUAAGCGCCUUUGCUCAGCCCGUGGACGCCGCCAAGCGCGAAGCUGUCCUGAAGCGAGUUGAGGACCUUCAGAUUUCCGGCCGCGCCAAGAGCCACAAGGAACUCGAGGCAUACCUCACGCCUGAUGAGAUGCGCAUCCUCAACACUGUGCGUGCUCGAGAGAUGGUGCGUUCUGAGGACACUGUUAACAUCGACACCUUCACCUCUGACACCAUCGACGGCCGUGCCCUGAACAUGGUUCACGGCUCUCUCGGCCUCAUCUCCGCGGAAGAGGCUGCUAAGAAGGCGGUUAAGAAGUCCGGCGACCUUCUGGGUCAAAUGAUGGGUGAAGACAAGAAGCUGGCCCAGGCUUCGGUGACCCCAGUCGCAAGCAACUGA